AUGUUUUCAAAGCAUUCUUGUGCAGGUAUAUCGCUUCAAACACAUAUUCUUUAUUUAAUUGUUUUCUUGACGCGCUAUGUUAAUAGUGAAUUCUUCGAUCCUCCAAUAUACAACAUAAUCUUUAAGAUUUUCUAUAUAUCAAGCACACUUCUUACAAUUGUAUUAAUGCUUACUAAAUUUAAUAAGACAUACAAUAAAAAACACGACAGUUUUCGCAUCAUUUGGAUCCUGUUGAUAUGUGUUCUCGCAACAGCACUCUCUACAAGAGAAUAUUCCUUGAUCGAGAUCACUUGGACGUUUUCUCUUUGGACUGAGGCCUUCGCUAUACUUCCACAAUUAUUCUUACUUCAGCGUACACAAAGAGUCGAUGUCAUGACACACAAAUAUAUCUUCUUCCUCGGACUUUACAGAUUAUUCUAUAUAAUCAACUGGAUUUACAAAACAAUCAACGCUGGACGUAACAGAACUCCUUACGUCAUGUGGAUUACAGGUAUUAUUCAAACUCUUUUAUACGCGGAUUUCAUUUAUUACUAUAUCAAAGCAAUUAUUUACGGAAAGGAAUUUGAACUUCCUCGCUAA